UAGUAGAGCGAGGGAUUUCCGGGGAAGGUUGGAACGUCCGUUAGAGUAGCAAGGAAGGGUUGCUGUCUGGAAUGACGGAACCGAAUGCAGCUCGACUGUUGGCUGGAAUGGACGGAUCGACCCACUGAGAACCCAGAAGAUCGAAAUCAGAAAGGAGGGAGCGGGCAAGGAGAGGCUGGAUGGAUGGAAAGUGUACGGUGGGAAAGGAAAGCAGUAGCUGUUGCAGAUGAUGGAUUGAUGUCAAAGCCAGAGAGCAGCCGAAGAUGAUGAGGAGAGAAGGCCGUCUUUUUUGUUUACUCCACCGAAGAGGGAAAACGCGCCCGGGCAACGCUGGCCCGCAUCUGACUCGUUCAUCCGACCGGGUCAGUGUUGGCUCUGUUCUUUGCCUUUUGUCUCUCUCGAAAUUUAAAUUUAAAUCCAAAUUCAAAUCCUAUAUUCCUCUUUGUCUACGUCCCCGGCAGGUGAUCUGUCCGCCGGGGUUCCAUGAGGAAACAAGCCAGGUGAAUACUGGACAGGCCGUUGUGGCUAAAAAUACCUACGCACCCUCCAGCCGGAGAAAAGAUCAUUGGCAGACAGCGGCGGCGGCGGGUCUCGAUGGUUACUAUGACCGACAGGAAGCCAUGAUGGUCUGUUGCAUGCUGCGAAUCAGAAGAAACAAUUCUUUCUCUUUUACUCUGUAUUCGGUACACUUCUCCUAUCCUCUCUCCUCUGAUCCCUCGCAAGACCGCGAGCCAAAAACCAUGUUCUGUUCAGGCGUUGGAAAUGCGCCCGGCCAGCGAUCAACACAUUACCCAGAGAGGAUAAAGUGGCUCUCGCGUGCCGGCGCAGCGCGUUCCCCCGGCUUCCUCCCAGUCAGCAACCCUUGCUUUCAGCCUGCGAACACCGCGAGAUAAUGGCUCAAAGAGUUUUGUUUCUCUGAACGGACAUUCCAUCUGAUU